CGGUGCUGCCGGUCUCCUAGCAACGGGCACGCCUGCGGCCUUGUCCCGCGGCCCCGGGUCCUGGCCCUGCCCCCCCCAGCCCCGGGGGUUCCUUCUCCGGUGUCCCCCAGUGCAGCGGCCCAACCCCAAUCCCCCCCCAGCCCGGGGGUCCUAGCCCCAUCCCCCCCAAGCCAACCCCCAGUGGGGGUCCCAGCCCCAAUCCCCUCCCCAGCCUGGAGGUCGCAGCCCCCCAGCUUUGCCUGUUCCUGCCCUAGUUGCCCCAGUGCCCCUGCUCCUGGCAUCGGGCAGGGGGCCACCCCCAAGGACCCAACGGGGGGACAGGGAUCCAGGCCACCCACCAUGGCUGGGCUGGGGGAGACCCUGCUGGGGGGCCUGGAGCAGACACCCCCGGGGGUGACCCUCACCGACACCCUCGUCGCCACGAGGAACCUGCCCCGGCUGGUGGAGACCCAGAGCCCGGAGAGCCGGUCUGAGGCGCUGAUGGCCCUCUCGACUGUCCGCUUGGAUCGGGAGAACAUCUGUGCUAUCGGGAGGCUCCAGAGCCUGCAGGAGGUUCGCAGCCUCUACCUGCAGCAGAACAGAAUCGAAAAGAUUGAGAACCUGAGCUGCCUUCCCUACCUGCGGUUCCUCUCUCUGGCUGGAAACCGCAUCCGCAAAGUGGAAAACCUGCGGCCCCUGCAACACCUGCACUUCCUGGAUCUGUCCCAGAACCAGAUAGAGACACUGGACCCAGACGAGCUGCCCCGGAGCCUGCGUCUCCUCGACUUGACAGGAAACGAAUGCACCCACCAGGACGGAUACAGAGAGCUGGUGCUGGGAGCCCUGCCCCGACUCCUGCAGCUGGAUGCCCAGCCUGUCCCUGCUGGCCGAGACGCUGCCCCCGACGAGGAAGAGGAGGAAGGGAUUUCUUCCAGCAGUGAGGACGAAGAGGAUGAGUCCCUCUGUGAGCUGAGUGGCCCUUUCACUGCAGGCAAAGAUUUCUUCACGGAUCUGCACCGGGAGCUGGCCAGGCGCUCGCAGAGGAGGCAGAGGGAAGCACUGGAUGAACACAAAACCCGUCUGGAGGAGCUGGAGGAGCGUCGGGGCCUGCUGCUGCCUCCCGCACCGCUUGGCUCAGCAGACGCAGAGACCUGCCCAGCCCUGAGCCCAGGAGCAGCCUCUGCCACAGCCCCCGGCCCCGGGUGGCCCCAGCCCUGUCCCCCAGCGCAGCCGGGGACACAGCAGUCACCACCGCCGGCAGUCGGCAGCCAGCGCGCCUGCCCACCGCCAGAGCGAGCUCCCAGCGGGAGCCGGGGCCGGACCAAGGCCCUGCAAGGGGAGACUCGUGCCACGGCCCAGCCCAGGGGAGCGAAGAAAUAGGCAGUACCCCAGUCCCGCACCAGCACAGCAUGGCAUGCAGGUGGAAUUAAAGCCUCUUUAUUCCUA